CCGGCCAACGAACGGUGCAAGUACUGCACAAUGGUCGGACAUUUCGUGAGGGCUUGCCCAAGACUCAAUCACGAUAUUGAGUGGCAGAGGUGCAACAAGUCCCUCAAAGGCGAGAUUCUCGGACCCUUGGGGGAGCGUGUAAAUUGGAACUCGCCAGGAGGGAUGCGGCGAGUCGUCAUCCUCCUGAAUAACUUAGAGAUAACUGUCGUAGAAGCAGAGCCGGUAGCCGAGAUUAUGUGGGACCAACCAAGGGGACGCGGACCACAGGCUAAUUUUAUCCUAGAAGGCAAUGGGCAGGAUAGGGUAAAUAUCACCACUCGACGGGCCGACGCAGAAAAAAGCCUUAUUCAAGAUACAGUAAUGGAAGAACUCACAAGGACUAGCGCAAACCAGCAAGAGACCGAAGUCGGGGAACAAGAGAAGGUCUAUGGGAAAGCAAGGGAGGAGGAACCGGUAGACAAAGUUACGGGGGCAAAGAAGAAGUUCAGGUAUCAAAUUUCAAUCCUGACUUCGCCUGAAAUCGAUGGCACCCUGAGUAAGCUGUCGGGUACCAUGGUAUCAGUGUCCUUCCAGACCAUGUUGCAAGCCAGCCCAAGACUGCUUAAAGGACUCAGGCAGUUGCUAACGCGUAAGCAUGUAGAGGUAGAGGAGGCCCCGGAACCGCAGGAGCAAGAGAUGGAAGAGGCAGAGGCACCCCAAGGCGUCUCCAACCUCCAAAGAAUUCUCGGGGAUCUGGACGAUUUGGAGAAAGCUUUUGCGGACAUCCGCCUAAGCCUACCGGAUCAUGAAGGUGGCGAAGCUAUGAGGGCGCCACCCGGGACAAAGCUUAGUUACGACCAACUGCCGCUUGACGCGAGGGAUAGGCCGUACACCGCCAUGCACACACCGGUAGGGCAGUUGCAGAUGCAAGUGACCCCUAUGGGUUUCACGAACGCGGUGGCAGAAGCACAAAGGAGGAUGCUCGUCGUAGCAGGGGACAUGUUCCCGGAAAAAUGCGAGCCAUAUAUAGACGAUAAUCCCAUAAAGGGUGCACGAGACAAAGAUGAGAUGGAGGUCGAGCCGGGCGUACAGAAGUUCGUCUGGGAUCUCCUACAGGACAUCAAGGAUCUACUCCAGCGAUUCUUGGUUUAUAACAUUACCGCAAGUGGACCAAAGAGCAUUCUGGCCGUCCCGGAAGUGACCAUACUGGGGUUUCGAUAUGGGGCCUAUGGAAGGAAGCCUGACCCGGCAAAAACUAAUAAGAUCUCUCAAUGGCCGACGCCCCUGCGCACCACGAUGGAAGUACGUGCCUUUCUAGGGGUGGUCGGAUUCUGGAGGAUCUUCAUCAAAGGGUUCGCAAAGAUAGCAGAGCCUAUCUGCGCAAUGAUCAGGGAAGGCGGCACUAUGGAAUGGCCCGAGGACAGGGAAGCAGCAGCCCAGACCCUCAAAGACAUCCUGUCGUCCGAUCAGGUUACCUUAGCGGCAACCUGCUUCAAUGACGAAGUAGGGCGGCCCUUUAUCUUAGAAACAGAUGGGGGACUGCUGGCAGUAGGAGGGGUAUUGAUACAGAAAAGCGAGGAGGGUAAGGAAAAACCAAUCAGAUUUGAAAGUAUGACCUUGAAUUCGGCGGAACGACGGUACUCACAGUUCAAGAAAGAGGUCUUAGCGAUCCUGCAUUGCCUUAAGACCUUUCAGGCAUACCUGUUCGGGAGGCGGUUUAUCCUGAGGAUCGAUCCAACCAACGUCGCCAGGGCACUAAAGAACUAUAAGCCUAUAGACCCAACCGUCGAGAGAUGGAUAGGCUUCAUAUGGCAAUUCGACUACAAGGUCGAUCGAAUUGCGGGCCUCCGAAACAGGGCAGAUGGGCUGAGUAGGGUGUGUAUCACGCCGGAAGGGAUAGAGGACGCAGAGCCAAUUGACGCCUUCCUGGAACACGAAGGAGGAACCCUUGUCGUGGAUAACGAAAUGGCGGACAUCGUGCCGACAACGGGUCAGCUGUUGAUCCAGACUCUGGAAAAAGGCGUGCCGGAGGUAGUUGCGGAACUCAGGGAAGGACCGGUCACUAGGUUUAGGCCCAAGGACGAGAAGGAUUCAUGGGGAGUAGUGAUUGGGCCGAAGGAAGAGCUGAUGGCAAUGGCUGUUGAAGGGGGUCGGGAUGCUGUGAUAAGCUUGGUAGAAUCCUGGACGCAAAGGGAACUGCAGUACCUGGUGAAUCAGGCUCAGGAGGAGCAGGAUACCGACCAGAAGGAACGAGAAUUCUUUCUCAUACAGAUGUAUGAGGGCGUCUUCAGGGAAAUCGGCCUACUGCUUAUAGGAAACAAGCAGCCUACGGAAGUCAGCCCCAAGGCAAGGGAGGAAGCCGAAAAGUAUGUUUUAAGGAACGACCACCUGUUCAAGAAGGAAGAGGGGAUGAUGCCUAGACGAGUCGUGUGCGGAAGGUCUAGGCAGUUAGACAUAAUCCAGGCAAUGCACGAUGGACUAGCUGGAGGGCAUAGGUCAUCCAAAGGGACCCUUGCGAAAAUCGCACCACUCUACUUCUGGCCAGGUAUGGCAGGUAUGGUGGCAACAUACUGCCAGACAUACCUGAUAUGCCAGGAAAGGAGUUCCGCACGUGUCUUCGGGCCCCUUAGACCUACCCGGGUACUAGGACCGGGGCACUUAGUCCACCUCGACCUUGCGGUUAUGCCGGUGUCAACGGAUGGAUACAGGUACAUCCUGGAUGCAAGGGAUAACCUCAGUGGCUACGUAGAGGCGGUAACACUCAAGAGAAAGACAGGGAAGGGAGUGGCCGAUUGGAUAGAGGACUUCUACCUAAGACACCCCUUUGUGCGCAGGUUCAUAGCAGACAAUGGGACGGAGUUCAUCAAUCAGGAGGUAUUGAGCAGGCUUAAGACCUUAUGCGUACCCAUCAAGAUCAUUGAGCCAUAUCACCCUGAGGCAAAUGCACCAGUAGAAAGGGGGCACCGGACUUUGAAGAACACAAUCGCCAAGCUGGCAAUGAAUGAUUUGGGAAAGUGGCCACGGUUCCUUAAGCAGGCAGUUUUCUCAGAAAACAUGACACCGAAAAGGACGACAGGGUACAUUCCGGCAGAACUUUGGUAUGGGAGGGAGAUUGAUUUUUCGGUGGAAGCCUUAGUCCCCACCUGGAAUAGGCUAGAUGACAAUCCACGUCUGUCUACUCAAGAAUUAAUUGUCGCACGAUGCCAGCAGGUCGUUAGAAAUGAGGAAGCCUUGGAAGAAGUGGUCAAGUGCGUGAUGGAUAGCCGAAUGAGGGACAAAGCAAGAUGGGACCAGGUGAAGAAUAUCCGGAAAGAACCACUCCAAGUAGGGGAAAAGGUGCUAGUUAGGAACUCGGCCCUUGAGAGCACGUGGUCUGGGCAGCUGGGGAAGAGGUUCAAAGGGCCCUACAGGAUCGCUAAGCGGGUGGGAUUGAACACGUUCGAACUUGAGGAUCUUGAUGGUACUAGUAUAAGAGGGUCAUUUCCGGGACAGAGGCUGGUCAGGUUUUUGAGCAGGGAUCCUGUGGAACAAUGGUUACAAGAAGCCCAGGACAGGGAAAUAGGGGAAUUGACAGCUUGAAAGGCAGGCAGCUGGCUAUAGUUCUGGACCGCCUCCCUUUGGAAGUGAUCAUGACCACAAGGAUUGUUCGUUUGAGUGUCUUAAUCUUAAUGGAAUGUAGGGAGACUGACUGGCUGACUAUGACUGGGCUUGGGAGCACGGGACAGUGUAUUAUAGUUUUUGUGGGGCAACUCUGGGGACUGUCUACACGAGGUAUCUAUGUGCCGGGACAAUGUACCAUAGUUUUUGUGGGGUGAUGCUGUGGACUGCCUACAUGAGGCACCUAUGUGUUGGGACAAUAUGCCGAGGGAUCUAAGGGAUGAUGGGAUCGCCAAUUACACGGGGGCAAGCAAGGGUUCCGGGAAGGCCUGCAAAUCUGCAAAUGGGGGUGGGAGAGAAUGUGUACGUAUGAGGGGAUGCGAUGACUGUUAUGGAUGGACAGGACCAAGGAACAAGAAGAACAACAAGAAAAGAUUAAAUGGAGUUUGGAAAUGAGAACGACAGCAACUCUAUCAACCGCCCUAAUGAACAGCAGCCGACAAG